UAAAACCAAAAAAGAAUAAAAUUGGAAUUAAAGUCUGGAUCCCUCCACGGCUCGGCUCCAACCUCCGUCGCCGUAUGCUCGUAGCUCCAUCCUUACGCCGCCGGUUAGCAACAGCAAGUCGACACCUGAACGGCUAUAGACAACGCACUCCCAGAUUCAUUCUUUUAUGAAUUUCCCGCGAUUGAACUAGUUGUCCUCGAAUGGCUGCAGGGAGAAAGGGUGUUUCGGCUAGUUUCAGUAAAGCAUUCACUAGAUGUUCUAUUGCAUCAAUUUCAAAAUGUGAAACUCAAGAUGUUGCUAGAGUUCUAUCUGCUUCCUGCAGACAUUUGCACGGCAACUCUGCAGCAAUUAUAGGUGCUGACAAAUAUUUCAAAUUCCCAGCCACAAGAUGUUUAACUAGGCAUUUUCAUGCAAGCUUGGAGCUUCUGGCUAGACACAGGGGGGAUGAUUCCAUGGAUCUUAAGAGUUCAAAGAGACCGAAAGUUGUAACUAGUGGGAAGUUCUCAAAGAGAAAGAAGGAGGUCAAACCUGCAGUUGAGACCCCUUAUGUGCCGCCUAAACUUGCACGAACUGGAAAAUCUUUGGAUAAAACAAUUGAAAUAUUUGAAGGCAUGACCAUUGUAGAACUCACCAAACGUUGUGGAGAGUCGAUUUCUACCAUUGAGAACAUCAUCACUAAUGUUGGUGAGAAAGCUGACUCAGAGUUUGACAGUCUCAGUGUUGACAUAGCAGAGCUUGUUGCAAUGGAAGUUGGGGUCAAUGUUUGUCGGAUGCACUCAAAUGAAGGUGGUGAAAUGUUACCACGUCCUCCAGUUGUCACUGUUAUGGGCCAUGUUGACCAUGGGAAGACGUCUCUAUUGGAUGCCCUUCGCCAAACAUCCUUGGCUGCUAAAGAAGCUGGAGGCAUAACGCAGCAUCUGGGAGCAUUUGUUGUUGGCAUGCAAUCAGGGGCAUCCAUCACUUUCCUUGAUACUCCAGGCCAUGCUGCCUUUAGUGCUAUGCGAGCCAGAGGCGCGGCAGUUACAGAUGUAGUGGUGCUUGUGGUGGCUGCAGAUGAUGGUGUGAUGCCUCAAACACUCGAAGCCAUUGCUCAUGCCAAAUCAGCUAAUGUUCCAAUUGUUGUUGCUAUCAACAAAUGUGACAAACCAGAUGCGAAUCCUGAAAGAGUUAAAAUCCAGCUCGCAUCUGAAGGGUUACCAUUGGAGGAGAUGGGUGGAGAUGUACAGGUUGUUGAAGUUUCUGCAAUAAAAGGAAGCGGACUUGAUAAUCUGGAGGAUGCUUUGCUACUGCAGGCCGAGCUAAUGGAUCUUAAGGCACGCAUUGAUGGAUCUGCCCAAGCUUAUGUAGUUGAGGCAAGGGUUGAUAAGGGCCGUGGUCCACUGGCCACUGCGAUUGUGAAGGCAGGGACUCUGCUUUGUGGGAAGUAUGUUGUCAUAGGUUCUGAGUGGGGAAGAAUUAGAUGUAUAAGGGACACGGCAAGGAAAGUGAUAUCACAGGCUACGCCUGCCAUGCCUAUUGAGAUUGAAGGGUUAAAGGGGCUCCCGAUGGCAGGGGAUGACAUUGUUGUUGUUGAGUCUGAGGAAAGAGCAAAGAUGCUCAGUGAAGGUAGGAAAAAGAAAGCCGAGAAGGACAGACUCAAAAAACUUGAAGAUGAUAGGCAAAAGCUGGAGCAAGAGAUGCUAGAAGGUGAAGAAAAUGAAGAGAAUGCGGAUGAAAAGGAGAGGUCGAAGAGAGUUGAAGUCCCAAUCAUCGUGAAAGCAGAUGUGCAAGGCACUGUUCAAGCAGUCAGUGAUGCAUUGAAGACUUUGAACAGUCCACAGGUUUAUUUGAAGAUCAUCCAUGCAGGAGUUGGUCCUGUUUCCCAGUCUGAUGUUGAUAUGGCAGCAGCCUGUGAUGCAUGUGUUGUUGGAUUCAAUGUUCGGAACCCUCCUGCUGAAGUCACUCUCGCAGCUACUCAAGCAAAGAUUAAGAUAAAACUACACCAAGUGAUCUAUCAUCUUUUGGAGGAUAUCGGCAACUUUAUUGUCGAAAAGGCUCCAGGAACUCUUGAGACGCAGGUGGGCGGAGAAGCUGAGGUGCUCAACAUAUUUGCUGUUAAGGGAAAGGGCAAAAACAAAGGAGAGGAUUUGAAAAUCGCGGGUUGUAGGGUGAUGGAUGGGCGGCUCACAAAGGCUUCAAUCAUAAGACUUCUUAGAAGCGGGGAAGUUGUGUACGAAGGGUGCUGUGCAUCUCUGAAGCGGGAGCAGCGGGAUGUGGAUGCAGUGGGCAAGGGCAACGAAUGCGGACUCAUGAUCGAGGACUGCAACGAUUUACAGGUUGGGGACGUGGUUCAAUGCUUGGUGAAUGUGAAUCGGAAACCCAAGUUUGUCUCGUCGGAGAGCGGGGCCGUUCGCAUAGAAUGCUGAUAAGGGGCACUUGACCUCUGCCAUUUUUAUUCAUAUGAAUGUUGAAGUUGCUCUUUCACAUACAUAGCUCACAUUUGACCAAUUUAAGAGCCGGUAGAGCUGCUGCCCAUUUUGCAGAUUUUAUUUAUAUUGAAAUAAUUAUAGAACCAAUACUUCACCAAUUUCUAAAGUUGUUGAUUUAUACAAAUUCAAUACAAAAACUUACCAUGUUAAAAUUUCA